CCAUUACAUUCUUCGCCGAGAUCUGAAUCAAAAGUAUCAACCUUUCUCCAAAUAAUUUUGCUUGUUAUUCAAAUCCAAUGUCACGAAUUCAUCUGCAAAUCUUGCUUCUUCUUCUACGAUUCUUCUAUGUUAGUUCGGAUUAAUCCGAUAGAAUGGUUCGUGGGUUGGUGAAUUUCACUGGAUUAUCAACGAGGCUAUUGAACAUUUGCGUUGAUUCGCUCUGCAAAUUUCGGAAAUUGGAGAAAGCUGAGUGCUUAAUCAUCGACGGAAUCAGAUUAGGUGUGGCUCCUGAUGUCGUCACUUACAACACAUUGAUCAGUGGGUAUUGUCGAUUCGUUGGUAUAGAAGAAGCUUACGCCGUGACUCGUCGGAUGAGAGACGCUGGAAUUAGACCAGACGUCGCUACGUAUAAUUCUUUAAUCGCGGGAGCAGGUAGAAGGCUUAUGUUAGAUCGUGUCCUCUACCUGUUCGACGAAAUGCUUGAGUGGGGCAUUUAUCCUGAUUUGUGGAGUUACAAUACUUUGAUGUGCUGUUAUUUUAAGCUAGGGAAACAGGAAGAAGCGUUUCGGGUUCUUUAUAAGGAUCUUCAGCUCGCCGGGCUUAAUCCUGGUCCUGAUACUUACAAUGUUAUCCUUGAUGCUCUUUGCAAGUGUGGCUAUAUAGAAAAUGCUCUUGAGCUCUUUAAGGAGAUGCAGAGUAAGUUUAAACCUGAGCUCAUGACUUAUAACAUUCUCAUCAACGGGCUUUGUAAAUCCAGGAGGGUUGGUACAGCUAAAUGGAUGCUAACAGAGCUCAAGAAAUCGGGUUACACUCCAAAUGCUGUUACAUACACCACAAUACUAAAAUUAUAUUUCAAGACCAGGAGGAUUCGUAGAGGGCUACAAUUGUUCUUAGAGAUGAAGAGAGAAGGUUAUACUUAUGACGGGUAUGCUUAUUUCGCGGUUAUUAGCGCUUUGAUUAAGACAGGAAGAACGAAAGAAGCGUAUGAGUAUAUGCAAGAGCUAGUUAGGAAAGGUAGGAGACAUGACAUUGUUUCGUACAACACAUUGUUGAAUCUGUAUUUUAAAGUCGGGAACUUGGAUGCUGUUGAUGAUUUGUUAGGAGAGAUAGAGCGGAAAGGAAUGAAAGUGGAUGAGUAUACGCACACCAUUAUAGUCAAUGGUUUGUUAAGGACGGGACAGACAAGAAGAGCCGAGAGCCAUUUUGUAAGUAUGGGAGAGAUGGGUAUUGGAUUGAAUCUUGUGACCUGUAAUUGUUUGGUAGAUGGAUUGUGUAAAGCGGGUCAUGUGGACAGAGCGAUGAGAUAUUUUGAGUCGAUGCAAGUGAAAGAUGAGUAUACAUACACUUCUGUUGUGCAUAAUCUCUGUAAAGACAUGAGGUUUGUUUGUGCUUCAAAGCUGCUAUUGUCGUGUUACAAUAAAGGAAUUAAGAUUCCCACAUCAGCGAGACGAGCGGUUUUGUCGGGUUUACGGAUGUCUGGGUGUUACGGUGAAGCGAGGAAGGCGAAGGCGGAAAUGAAACUGACUCUGGUUGGGAAUUCCUGACGAUCUUUUUUACACACAAGUUUUGUGGAAGUGUAUUGUACUUAUGUAUCAUGAAAUAGAAAAAAAAAAGUCUUCAUUCUUUCCAUUCAA